AUGAAGCUCUCAAGUGCCCUCAGCCUCUCGUUGGCAGCAUCUGCUGUCAACGCUGCCGUUUUGCAACCAAGGCAUUACACGUUUCCUGCCCUGACAGGAUCAACAGACUGGCAGUAUGUCCGCACGACAGCCAACUACCAAUCCAAUGCUGGACUCAGCGAUGUUUCUUCUCCACAAAUACGAUGCUACACUACCGGAACCAAAGGUUCACAGUCUCAAACCGUAGCCGCCGGAUCUUCGGUCGGCUUCAAGGCGAGCCCAAACAUCUUCCAUCCAGGACCUCUACAGUUCUACAUGGCCAAGGUCCCCAGCGGUCAAAGCCUUGAGACCUGGGACGGCAGCGGUAACGUCUGGUUCAAGAUCUACAGCGAGCCGGCUUCGGUCAGCGGUGGUCAGUUGAGCUGGGGAAGUCUCAACAAGGGCUCGGUCAGCGUGACUAUUCCUAGGAACGUUCCUUCAGGCGAUUAUCUCCUGCGUAUUGAACACAUUGCUUUGCACCAAGCCAGUAACGUCAACGGCGCGCAAUUCUACAUCUCAUGCGCCCAGAUCAAGGUCACUGGCGGAGGCAGUGGCUCCCCCAGCCCCCUUGUCAGCUUUCCUGGCGCGUACAAAAGUUCGGACCCAGGCAUCAAAGUAAAUAUUUACUCUGGAGCUACCUCGUACACUGCACCUGGUCCUGCUGUUUGGUCUGGUUGA